AUGUCGACGGUCGUGGUGGAGCAGCUCCGUGACUCGGAGAUGGCGACGCCAGCAAAAGCCGCAAGCGGAAGAGCUCAAGUCUCAGCGACGACCGGAGCCAAUGACGAGUCGAAAGGGAAGAGAAGGACGGAAACUGUGGACAAGGAGACAACAACGCGACAAGACGAGGCGGUGGCGCGCAGCAAUGCUGGUGGUGUGAGUCGAGUGACUGCUGUGGGCGGUGACGGGGACGGGCGUGGCACUCAUAGCGUCACGGGGAGUGCAAUCGAAGCGUCAAGGAAUCGAGUUGAGCAGAUGAAACGGCGAUUGCAAGUGCAGGUGCAGUUUGUGGAAAAAGCACGACGACAGAUUAUGGACGAGACACAUCCGGAUAUGACCGAGAGACUGCGAGAAGCGGCAAGAGAACGCGAUCAUUUGUUGGAGGUAGCAAGACAACGAAACGAGUACUUCCAGCAUGGCACGGCCGUGAUCUUUAACUACGAGUGCGAUGAAGCCAACUCGGAGUACGAUCUGCAGUGCGAGAAGCUGCGUCAGGACAUGCUGGAGGAGAUUCACCAUGAGAUGGAGAUUUUGAAUGACCAGCGCAAAGGAGGUCAAAGUUGCGUCCGAACCACAACGCGCAAGACACGCAGCACCCGCACGAAAGCGGGUCCAGAUCUAGGGCUCAUCCUUGACACGGCACAGAAGAUCAAGAAGCGGGCUGGGCAUGUCUUUCAGCCUCUAGAGAAGGAGUUGGGGCAGUCAGAGAUCGACCACGAUGUGCGCGAGCUCACGAGCGUUUAUGUGACGACUAAGAAACGACGCAUGGAGUUCGACACUGUCACGCCAGUAGCUAAAUUCUAUCGCAAUAAGUUUCUGUAUCGAGACUGGAUCUUCCAGGAAGGCGACGAGGUGUAUGUGCUCAACUAUUCUGUAUCGAGUGAAUAUGCAGCCGUCAUCUGCGGCAUUUCAUCGACUGAGCUCCUCGUCUUGUCGGAGAAGGGAAAGCACUAUCGGUUGGUUAUCAUGGACAUCCGGCAAGGUCGCGUCGUGCUCACUACCUUGUCAUCAGAGCAGGCUGCGUCCCGAGACGACCUCGGCGAUGAAAGUACUUAG